AUGUCAAUUCGUUUUACCUUCUUCACCUGCAGAAAAUACAAGAUGUCAACUUUGAAGACUUCUGUCAAUGGUGAGGUUUCCAAGUUCGGUGACUUUGAAGGAGUUGAAACUGCAGUGAAUAAAGGGGCACAGGUUAAUUCCACAGAUCCAAACCACUAUGAUUGGACUGCAAUGCAUUAUGCAAGCUUUUAUGGAAAUUCUGAAGUCGUAGAGAGGUUGACGGACUUUGGUGCAAAUCCUAGUCAGAGCGAUGAGAUUGGGUGGACGCCUCUACACUAUGCGGCAUUUAAGGGGCAUGCCGAUACAUGUCUAGCACUUCUUGAAUGCGGCGCCAAUCCCUGGGCUCAAAAUCAUUACAACAAGACCGCUCUUCAAAAGGCUGUCUAUUUGCAUCAUGUCGAUACUAUCGAAGUCCUCUGCGAAUGGAUGGGAAUUCCCUCUGAAAGUUUCCUUGCUGGAGCUCCAGUCGAUCUCGAGAAAAUCAAAGCCGAAAUCGACAUGAAGGAGGAAGAAGAGGAAAUGCGUGAUAUAGUAGGUUCAGAAUCGAACGUGAAUCGAGAUUCCGCAGCAGAAACAGAAAGGAUGAUCGAUGAAGAAAACAACGCAAUGCAGCUCCAAGCUGAGUAUGAAAGGAGAUACCAAUCCAUUCGACAACCAAGAGGGUGA